UUACUUUGUCACGUUUAGAUGCGUUUAAUUAUGCGUUUUCAAUUUAACCCGGGCCCAUACAUCUUGGGUUCACUGGGCUCGUCAACGCAAUAGGCCCAAUUUCUCCAAACCCAAAAUUGUUUUAACAAUUUUGGUUUUAGCCCGACAAUUCUGACCCGAACCGACCCUUGCACUUCUCUCUCUCUCCAACUGUAUUUAACAGACUUGGCGAAAUCUAUACCCGCCAAAACAAUGGCGGGAGGAUUGUGUUACAGUUGUACUGCAAGUGUACGGCUUCCUAUGCUCUUGCAGUCCAAGACAAUCCGUGGCACCCGAUGCUCCUCAGCCGCACCGGAUAACAACAGAAACAACAACAAUCAAAAGGGAGAAACCCCACAGGUUUUGAAAAUCGCUGUGAGCGGCGUCACUGAGCUUCUCAGGCUUCUCUCUUCCUUCCACAAAACAACCAGACUGAAUGGAGUGAGUGACAAAGGGAGAGAUGAGUUUUCAGUUUCGGGCAUUGAUGAAGUUGUAAUGAUUCUCAAAUCUGAUUACGAGAAUGCAUAUUUUGUUACAGGGAUUUUCACUUCUGCAAUCUACGCUGAAGAUUGUAUCUUUGAAGAUCCAACUAUCAGAUUUCGAGGUAAGGAGUUGUAUUCUCGCAACUUGAAAUUGCUUGUUCCUUUCUUUGAAUCUCCAUCAAUUGGGUUAGAAAAGAUUGAGAAGGGUAUCAAUUCUGAAGCAAGUUUUGUGCUAGCAACAUGGAAACUCAGGACCUACCUGAAACUUCCGUGGAGGCCUGUCAUUAGCAUUGAUGGAAGCACGGUCUAUGACUUAGAUGAUAAGUUUAAAAUUGUAAGGCAUGCUGAGAGUUGGAAUGUCUCUGCAAUUGAGGCAAUUGGCCAGCUGUUCACGCCUAGUUAUGGAAGGUCCAAUGACUGAAUAUCGCAAGUCUUAGAAAUCUGAAGGAGCUUCAGGUUCAUUUUACAUUGGUUAGUGUUUCCUUCCAUUGCUAGAAUUAGACCUUACUUUUAGCAUAUUGUUUUCGGUAUUUCUUUGACUUGUGUACCAUUACCCUUCGUCCUUUAUAUAUAUAUAUAUAUUAGGACCUUUCCUAUUGAGAGGGAUGAUAAUUUACUAAACUCACACACACAACACGGAUGCUAGGACUCGAACCCAUGACCUUGCCUUGGGAGCAAUUACUCCAAACCAUUAUACUAGUGGGUCCUUUGCUUUGUGCUGUGUAUAUGGCUUUGAAGUUUAUAGUUGCAUUUUAUUUACGUUAGCCAAAAUUCUGUCUAAUUCUGUAAAGACCUUCCAAUGCCAAUGUGUACUGGAUGUUAAAUUUUGUAUUCCAUUUUUUGCGCUUUCUGUCGGUUGGUGUUGUCAAUCAGGCCAGACAAUGUGCUCUGAAAAGCCGUGGCAGGCUUUUUACCCGCCAACUUUGUGCCUCUAGCUACUGCAGACAGUCUGCAAAGUCAAAGCUCUAUGAAUAAGAUCGUAACAGUUACCAUUGCCAAGUAUUGUUAUCAAGGAGAUAUGAAUAUUUUUUAGCGGUUCAGAUUAUUACGGGGGAGAAGUAGAGGCAUACGUUUGCAAUGAUGAUAGGGAACAUAGCCAUCAAGCAAGCCUAGACAUAAACUAUAGGGACAGUAAAGUGGUAAUGAGAGUUCCUCAUGUUCUUGCGCAGAAAGUCCAGGCUUUUUGUGUAAAGCGCAUUAAAAAAAGGCUACUAGACCUUUCAAAAUAUGUUAGAGAAUCCAAAGUUAGAACUUGUAACAGUGUGUCUGCGGCUACGGUUGUGACAGUUCUGUAAUGCUUUGAUUUUGGCUUCUUAAUCUAUCUCCCUUUUUCUUUUUCUUUUUAAAUUAAUUAGGAUGAGUUGAUAGACUUCAAAUUUUGAAAAUUAUAGUAAGAGUGCAAUGGCUCAGCUGUAGCAGAAGUUAUAUCAAGCACUUCUUGCAUAUAUAUAUAUUAAUUAAUACACAAGGAAAAUCCCAAGAAAUUUAAUUUACAACACUAGGGAAUUAUUUCCAAUCUCAACGUUUCCUCAGAUUGGAAUUAAUAGAUAAAGGGUCAGUUCAUAAUUCACAUUGCUUUGUCAGUCCCUCUUCCAAGCAUACAGCAACAGAGAAAACCCCCCAUUACUACCACAUGACCUAGUGGAUGAAGAACAUGAACUUCUCCCCCCAUCACUACUCUCCUCUGCCCAUUGCAACACACUUGAGCACGACGGUGACGGCGACAGCGAAGUCAUCGACGGCAAUGAUGCCGAAGCAGCCGAUGUUGACAAGCUCUUCCUCAUCAACCUCUUCUCAGGACCUACCAUUUCUGGCCACACCCCACCAUCACCCACUUGAAAAACAAAUACACCAUGACCAUUCCCAUUAGCACCGUUAUGAU